UGUAGCGCACGAUAAAAGUUAUAACAUUGUUUUAUUCUGUUACAUUAGCAAACGCUUUAAUAUCCGCCGCAAGCUCCUGUUUAAAAUUAGAAAUUGCAACAUUGUAACAAGUGAUUUGUCUCGCGGCAGCGCGUGGAGAGGCACGGGAACGGGCACAUCCAUACAAGUCGUGGAAAAGCAGGGGCAGCUCGGGGUGUUUGCUGCCUGUUACCAGCCAAAGAGUCAUACGGAGACUAACUUGAAUGCGGUUUGUAACUGUUUAAAGGGAAUGAGAGUGAGAAGCACGCUUUGAGCACGGCAGCGGUUGAGUGGUCAGUGCCAUGAAACUGAAUCCACAGCAAGCUCCGUUGUAUGGUGAGUGUCUGUUGACGGUCCAGCUCGGUGAGGAAGAGUGUGUCGAAGAUGAAGAGGAUGUAGAGUUUUAUCUUCUGUUUGCUGGCACCACCCAGAGACACGUUUCCAGCACUCAGAAAAUCAGCCAUGUCACGCUGCAAGCUGUGUGUCCAGCUCAUGACCGCAGUGAAACCGUGCGGGUCACGUUGUGCCAGGCUCGGCCGGGGGGCUUGGUCGACCCUGUGGCGGAGGAACGCUUCCAGUUCGUCCAGGACCUCGCCCUGGAUAUGGCCCAGUUUCUGGUAAACACAGCUGGGAAGACAGAGGGGGCGUUACUUCUGGAUGAGUGUCAGAUACCUCUAAAGGAGUGCGAGAGGUUGGACGAUACCCUGGCCCUUGCCCUCCGGCAUUUGCCCCUACCGGCGGGGUGGAGCGUUCUGGGCACAGACCUUACCAUAGAAAAAGGUUUGGGAAUUGAGCCUGGACCUCAAGAUACACUUUUGCACUUUGCUGCGAAACGCGGACUGCGCAAGGUAGCGAUAUUUCUCCUCCAGCAACCCGGAGGAAGAGAGGCUCUCCGACUCGCCAACAAACAAGGUCGUACGCCGGCCAGGGUCGCCCAGAAGAGAGGUCACUCUCAUCUCCAAAAAAUUCUCACAGAGGUUGAGAACUUGCCAGAGUUGGAGACGAAAACAUCCAAGUGGCGUUACCCAGGAGGCAGAGUGCUGCUACACCACCCAAAGCUAAACACCUACACCCUGACGCUAGAGGACGUGCCAGGGAGUCCCCCACCUAACAUUCAGAAUGACGUGGAGGAGAUCCAACGUCUUAUUCAGUCACAUCAGAAGGAAGAUUCUCCUGUAUUGCGUAAGCCUGCGUUGCUGAUUCUUGACAGAGACUUGAGUAAUACUACAGAGACCGUUGAAUGCAUCAGGGACUUACAGCUCAACUCAUUGGACCCCAGCACAGAAUCACAAAAAACCUUAAAAACGUUUCUAAACAGCUCGGGUGUGGCGGAUGAACUGUGCCCUUGUCAGAAUGGCACGGGAGAUCACGCCCAAUCACGGGAAGAGGAGGCAGAGACUCAAAGACCAACUGUAGGGGAUACAGAGAAGGCGUCAGAUAAGCCUGGCUGUGCGGAGUUGCUGUCAGAAGCCGAUCCUGUAAGCUUCAGUGCCCCUUCCUGUGGGAACCAGGGGGAGGAAGCUGAUAUACAGCUCAACGUAAUCAGUGCCAAGCAAGAGGCUGAUAAAGGUAACCAAGAAGAGCUUCAAGUUUACCAGAGCAGUUCAGAGACUGAAACGGAGUGUAGGGCGCAACCUGGCAACCUUGAGUUCCAAGACAUGGGCAACGCACAGGGUCACAGUCCCCUCCCCACGGAAACUAGUCAGUCCAGACAAAGAGAGGAGGGGAGUAUGGAUGGUAGUUGGAAAGGGGACUUACCAGAGGAAAAGGAAGGGGAGACGAGCAGCAGCAGCCAGGAUAUAGUCUCAAACUCGACGGUACUUUCUUCCCAUGAUUCAGAGGAAAACAUUCAGCGAAACGACAAGAUUGAGACUGAGCUUGCUACCGAGUGCUGUGCAGGACAAAACGAACCUACUUGUCCUGCAAUUCAGGUAAUUUCUGAGGUUGCCUCGCCUGUACUAAACAAUGAAAAUGUUAUUUUUGAUGCCGCUGAUGAGCUACACAUUCGCCUAGAGACAGAGGCAGGAAAUCUGCAUGAACACCCCAAAGGCAAUACUGACUCAGACUCCGGUUUGGUCGAUGAUGAGGUUAGCAUAAAGCAGAAGUCUGGAUAUAGCAGUUUAGAGGGUGAUACUUCUGAAUUGGUCAGUCUCUUGCCAAACAUGGCACCAGGACCUAUUCACAAGGUUCGGGGAGGACUUUCGCCUGUUCCAGAGACUUUAUUUCCUGGAGGACCAGCUGUGGAUACUGUAUCAGAGACUGUGGAAGAUUUGGACCAGUCUACCAUGCUCAUGCCUUCUUCAGAAACCACUUCAGAGAUUUUGUUGAAUGAAAAAGCAGGGGAUUCUGAUACCAUCACCGUAGAAGCAUUACCUUGCCUGAAUCAAGCAUUUCUUUCUGAAGGAAUUAAAGAGGUAACACCUAGCGAGGAGCCAGGAGACCCCGGGGGACUCUUUGCAAACAAUUUAAUAUCGAAUACUGAAAAUAUUGCUGUCUGUGAGUUGGUUAAGCAGCCAGAAUCCUUGGAUGAAACUUCCAAUCUACCUGUUGACUCCGAAUCUUUUAUCAAAACUGAUAUUCAAAAGGGUGUGUCUGUGUUAUCGCCAGAACAUUCCGAAAAAGACAUAAUCAUAAGAACAACGUUAGGAGAUGAGGAGGAAUCUAAAACAAAUGUUCAGCAGGACUCUUUGUUGAAACACGCUCCGGACGAGCAAUUUGGAGAUGGCACGAAUAGAGAUGAAAUUUAUGACCAAUGUGAAUCAUCCAUUGUAGCCCCUGAAGUUUCUGCAUUGAAAAUGGAACCAGGCGAAAAGAAUGUGACUCAGGAGGAAAAGGAAAUAGACUCUACUUCACAGGAAGCAAUCAGCAAUCUUCCUGAUCUGUUGGAAAGUGUACACGUUAUUGACACCGAAUCCAAAGAACAGACCCAGCUUCCUGAGUCUUCCAUGGAAGGCGUGAUUACAGAUCUUCAUGUGGAUGCAAAUGACCUAGUUGAAGGUUUGCCAUGUGCCCUAACCCAAAUGGAAAGCUCAGAGAGUAGUAGACCAUUCGAAACCUCAUUUACUGAUGUGGUCUCAGAUGGAUCCAUCAUUUUGAAUGAGACCGCUGUCACUGAGAAUAGUCCAGCUACUUUUGUGGAUGCUGUAAGUGAUUUGGUUUUGGAGGACUCCUCCAUAUCUGGCCCACUCAAUUCCUCUUCCUUAACAGAUGAGCUCACUUCCCCUUUGGAUAUUAUUAGUGAAGAGCACAAGGAUUUUAAACGCACUUCCUUAGUGGAUAUAGACAAUAGUUUGUCCGUGGAAACGAAACUGUCGGAUACAACCGAAAGCUUGAGUGGAUUACAGCAAGAUACUACUGAGGGUUUGAUGGAGCAAAAUGAAACUGUUAAGCAUGGUGAAGAGGAAACGCAUGCACAAAAGACAGAUGGCACUUUAGCCGAGGACGCAGUGGACGGACACCAAGACUCCUCGGCACACACGGAGAAUUCCGAAACGAUCCACAGAGAGACAGAGACAUUUUUUGCAGUUGAUGCCAGUCGAGUCGCUGGAGUCCAGGAGAAAAAAUCCAGUUCAGAGAGUUCAGAAUUCCCUCCUCCGACCCCCUCACCAGAGAGCGUUCGACACGAAGAAUCUGCGAGCAUCAUGCGAGGGUCUGUCAGUGAUGGCGACUCUCUCCUCAGUCAAGAUUUGAGCGAGGACAUCGUUUUUAUCAAUAAGGCUGAGGACAGCGUCACCAGCACAAGUGGUGUAUCCAUGUCCUACUCCUCCUCCACGGAUGACACCUCAAGCCUGGGGACCCCGAGCGUGGCCCCUCAGCCCGGAUCAGAGACCCCCGGAUCAGACGUCUUCCCCGCGCUGCCCGCAUCCCCCGGAGCGUCUUCUAUUUCAGGAGAAACCGAGGAGGAGGAGAGAAAGGAUUGUCUAACAGAGGUCCCGGAGCGUUCGGCUAUUUUGCGUCCCUCCAUCCGGUCCCUCUCUCCGAUCCGCAGGCACAGCUGGGGCCCUGGGAAAAAUUCAGCAGGAGAGAUGGAGAUGACUCAACGCAGUACGGCACGCACUGAGGUGGAGCGGAGGUCCGGGGGCCAUAGGAGAAGCAUGAGCUGGUGUCCGUCGGUCGUCCUGCAUUCAGAGGGCGACGAAAUAAACGGCAGAAGUUACAGCUUGGAGGGUCUCACAGCUGAAAAGGAAGGAAGGGAAAGUGCAAUUCAGCGAGUGGACGAUGCGGUCCAGGAACCGAACUGUCCGUCAAAACUGGACAGGGAGGAGAGGGGCUCACUUGUGUCUCUUACUGAAGAAGAGCAAGAAGACAAGGACUAUAACAGUUUGAGCAGUCAGAAGUCCAUCCAGGCUGGACGGAGAAAUGUCCCUCCUGCAAAUCCGAUUCUCACCAAAUCCGUCUCUAUGUUGGCCAUCAGUCAUAAAGACUUGGACGCGACUGGACGACCACGACCUAAGCGACGAAUCUCCUUCUCCCUCAGCAUCUCGCCUUUGCUUCCCAAAUCUAAAUCUGUCUUUUCUCUUGGCUCUUCAUCCAGUGAUGAUGAUGAUACAGUCAGAUUGGCCUCAUUCACGGGUACAUCAGGAUCAUUAGAGUACAGUAUUUCUGAGGAGGAUCCUGGUCCCUUACGAAGUGACAGUGAAGGCAAAGGUGGAGGAACCAAAGUCAGCAGGACCUUCAGUUACCUCAAGAACAAAAUGAGCAAGAGAAGCAAGGAGAAAGACAAAGAGAAGAACAAGGAGCGAGAGAGAGAUGCCAGAGACAAAGAGAGGAGAGCAUCGCAUGGGCAUCUGUUCACUGCUUCCACAACUGUACCCACAGUCCCCUGCCACCAAUGCAACAAAUCUAUCAACACUAAAGAUGCCUUCCUCUGCACCAGUUGCAAUGCACACGUUCACAAAGGUUGUCGAGAGAGCCUUCCUGUUUGUGCCAAGGUGAAGAUGAAGCAGCAAAAACAGCAACAGUCCGUUCCAGAUGGUGCCGUAACGCCUGCUGUCCCCCUGAGAAAUAAAACCCUCCCGGCCCGGGAACGUCCAUGGUCGGCCAUUUCCAUUCCUGAUGACAUGCCCGCUCCUAUCGCACCACCCCGGAAAAGCCCAAGCAGCAUCAUGUCUUUCAACAGCAUCCCACUUUCGAAGAGCAUGUCCAUAAACAACAUCGCAGGACAUAUGGAAGAGGCUUCUCUGAAGAGUCUACGGUUUCUGUCGCAGUCUACCGACUCUCUUCACAAAACCAGUAAAGUUACAGAGUCCACAGAAUCACUUACUGAUGAGGGUACAGAGAUGAUGGAUAACCAGCUGAUGGGUGAAUUUGAGGCUGAUGUGAAAGACCUGGAGGCCGAUUCUUGGAGUUUCAUGGUGGACAAGAAAUAUCUGAAGCAUCUUAAGAAGGACACCAUCAAGAGACAAGAUGUCAUUUACGAGCUCAUUCAGACAGAAAUGCAUCACGUCAGGACCCUGAAGAUCAUGGCUGAUGUUUACAGUAAAGGCCUACAGAGGGAAGUUCAGCUGGAGGUUCAGACAGUAGAGAAGAUGUUUCCCAUGCUUGAAGACCUUUUGGACUUGCACACGCAAUUCUUUACUCACUUGAUCGAGAGGAAGAAAGAGGCGGCGUCUGAGAGCCAAGAGGAGGGACGCUUUGUUAUCCGAAAGAUCGGAGACGUGCUGGUCUCUCAGUUUUCGGGUUCCAAUGCUGAGAGAAUGAAGAAGAUCUAUGGAAAGUUUUGCAGUAGGCACAAUGAAGCUGUGAACUUUUACAAAGAGCUUCACACCAAAGACAAGCGUUUUCAAGCUUUCAUCAGGAAAAAGAUGAGCAGCCCUAUUGUCCGAAGGCUAGGCAUUCCUGAGUGUAUAUUGUUAGUCACACAACGAAUCACAAAGUACCCUGUGUUACUACAAAGGAUACUGCAACACACGAAAGAAGAGGAGGACCACGCAGAUGUAACCCAAGGUCUCAAGCUGGUGAAGGAGGUGAUCGCCGCAGUGGACAACAAGGUGAACGAUCACGAGAAGAAAAAGAGGUUAAAGGAAGUGUACAGUCGGACGGACAGUAAAUCCAUUAUGAGGAUGAAGAGUGGGCAGAUGUUUGCAAAAGAGGAUCUGUUACGUGGGCAGAAACUGAUUCACGACGGGCCGCUGCAGCUGAAGAACGCAGCGGGCAGACUCAAGGAUGUCCAGGCUUUGCUGCUGAGGGACGUGAUCGUGUUCUUGCAAGAGAAAGAUCAGAAAUUUGUAUUCGCUGCCUUGGACCAGCGCUCCACCGUCAUUUCGCUGCAGAAACUCAUUUUGAGAGAAGUAGCCAAUGAAGAGAAGGGUCUGUUCCUGAUCACGGCUGGCAUCGAGAAACCUGAAAUGGUGGAGGUCUACGCCAGCUCAAAGGAGGAGAGGAAUACAUGGAUGCAGCUAAUACAGGAGGCAAUGCAAUCGAUACUCUCCAUUUCCCCCAGGGAAAGAGAUGAUGAUGAAGGUGUACCCAGUGAAAACGAAGAAGACAAGAGACUUCAGGAGAUCAAAGUCAGGGAGAUGAAAGAUCAGCUGCAGAAGAGGGAUGAACAGAUCUUGGCUUUACUUGAGGAGAAAGUGAAGUUGUUUAGGGACAUAUGCGAUUGUGGCGUAUCAGAUGAGACCGGAUCGAACCUCCGGAGCAGAAUGCUGUUCAGAGCUACGCCAGAUGACAUCACAAAAGGGGAGCCAAUCAUGAAAGAUGCUCUUAAGGAAGUGGAGACAUUGCAGGUUCUGGUUAACGGUAGAUUAGGAGGAGCCGUGCAGGAUGGGGUGUAUACGACAGGGCCUGUGUCUCUGCCACGACGGGCGGAAACCUUCGGGGGAUUUGACAGUCACCAGAUGAACAUCUCAAAGAUCAAAGAUGGAGACAGAGAUGAUACAGAGGACUCCACAGAGCUCCGCAGGACUGAGUCAGACAGCGUGCUAAAAAAGACAAGCAACACCAACCCAAUUAUCUUAUUAAAGAGGAACAAUGAGCAGGUUCUUCAAAGCGUUGCUCAUCUUCAUGACCUGCUGAACACAUUGCAGGCUGUUGUCAUCCAGCAAGACACGUUCAUCGAGGACCAGCGGCUUGCCCUGAGCGACCGGCCUCAGCUUUCCUCUCGCCACCCCUCCAUCUCUUCCUCCACCUCCUCUUCCUCCUCCUCGUCGCGGCCCAGUUCGCUGAUCGAACAGGAGAAGCAGCGGAGCCUGGAGAAGCAGCGGCAGGAAGUUGCCAGUUUGCAGAAGCAGCAGGCGGCCCACGCCGAGGAGAGAAAGCGUAGAGAGAAAGAGUGGGAGGCUCGCGAGCGGGAACUGGAACAGAGGGAAGCACAGCUGCAAAUCCAAGAGGACGAGGUGCAGAGAAAACAGAGAGAGUAUGAGGAGGAGAAACAGGACCUGCAGAAUAAAAAAGAGGAAUAUCAAAGAGACCUCGCACAACUCCGAGACAGCCAGAAGAGACUGGAGAGAGAAAGAGAGCAGAUGCAAAGAGACGCAGAGCAGAUCAGACUAACACAGGAACAGAGGAAGAACCGGACCCCUUCCACCACAUCGGAGGAGUCCUCCAAAUGUCAGAGUUUGGGUUCAUUAGACCGCGACCCAUCGGAAGUUGAGCUGUCCACUUCACCAUCCUCAAAAGACUUUCUGUCCCGUAUGGGUUCUAAACGCAAAGGGAAGAACCGCAACCCCUUCUCCUCCAACUCGAGCCAGAAAGGUCAGACCAACGAGGCACAGAGCCAGAUGCCCAGCCGCCUGCUACAGCUGACCAAGCCCAAGGAAAAGAAAGACAAGAAGAAGAAAAAGGGAAAAGGUCACCAGAGCCAGACUACAGAACCUCCGAGCACUGUCGUCCAAGACGCUACCACAGAGGGAGAGAUUUUUUUCUGCUGAUCCGAGUUUCAUCCUCCACAAUGCCUUCGUGCACCGGCUGUCGGCCUCUGGUUGUGGACUGUUAACCGGAGUCAGAAGCACUGUGUACUGUCCCUCCUCCGUCUGUACGCAUACCUGUGGUCUUGAUGGGCGUCAGGCUUGGACAGGAUGUUUAAACGGAGCAUUUCCCGUGGCGUGAUUACCGCAUACCACACAGUGCCUUCAUCGCUCUCAAGCACCUACGAAGAAAAUUGUUGACCUCUGGGUGAACAAAAUGUGUCGGAUGCAUUUUCAAGAUUAUAUAUAUAUAUAUAUAAAAAACAGCACGCUGAGAGACAGCUGGCUUUCGGACUCACUGAAGGACAUUUGACUAAUGAAGAUACUAAAAAAAAAAAAAAUCCAAGCGAGUGAACUCGAAUGGAAGUUUGCAAUGCGGUGAUUUAAGUAUCUAGAUCUUUCCUGCUUGCCUUUUUAAAAAAUUGUCCUCCCUCACUAACUGCAAUACUUUGAUUUAGGCAGGCAAACGAAUUUUGGUAUUUUAAACCAAACGUUAGAUGUUGGCAUACAUGCGGUGCCGCAGUUUAGUUCGAAAUUUGUAAGAUAAACACAAGUUUGAGCAUUUUUUAAAAAGAGCAUGAUGACAUUGGAAGUAGGAAAAGAGUGCAUUAAAAAGAAUGAUGAUGUUUUUGUUUUAUUUAUUUGGUAAAUCGUCUAUCCCUAAAUGACUGAAAGAGAAAUAUAAGCAGUAAAACACGCAGAAUGAUGAUGAUGCUGUGACUCUUAGAGCGUCACACAGACCCCACCAUAUCUUUUUAUUGUUUUUUUUUUUAUUGUAUUUCUUCAAUGCAAUUCGAAUCCUUAGCACUUUAUAAGCACAUUGUCAAGUGGAAAAACAUGGCUGGCUUUAAAACGAGACAAUCGAUCAGCUCCACUUAACCGAUGAACGACCUCCAUUGUAUAGAGAGGUUUUAUUUGAUAAUCUUUUACUGUACCAUAUGAAUGUUUUGUAAAUUUGUUUAACCAAACACAUUUUUUGUGCAAGCUAUCAAAAGAGCGGGUGUUUUCAAAUGCAGUAUUUAGAUUUUUUUAUUAAACAAAUCUGAAAUAUUGAAUUAAAUGAGAUGAGGGAGUCAACUUUUAUUUCAGGUUAGCAAUUUGUAUUACUUUUAUUAUUAUUAUUACUCAUGAAAAGAUAUCCAUGGUGGACGGUUUGCAGGCUUUUAAACUAAAAGUAUAAGUAUGCAAUAUGUUCGUGUAUUAAACCUAGACUAACUAGGUCUUAGCCAGUCAAAAAGCCCUCGCCUGCUGGCCAGGCUACUGUAACAGUUCUGUUGAACGUGAGGAAAUAUUUUUAAAAUGAGGGAAGUCAUGCAAAUUAAAGUGUUUAUUUAAACUUUCUGCUUUGUUUUUUUUUUUUUUUCUUAAACUUUUACCCAACUCUGUAAUGCAUCCAGUCUCCAUUUAGUAAUGAGCAGCCCGUGACAUCUCUCGGGAUUUAAGUCAUACAUUCAACUGUUUUUCAACAUUUAUUGUCGCUCAGCAUUUUCCACAGAGGGAAUUUAGCGGCCGAUGCCAACAUUCUGCACGCUGUUAUGAAUUACACUUGGUGCAAACUGAGAAAAAAAUGCCUUUGCCAUCAGAGGGCGCUGUGGCAGUGCUUUGUCUAUUGUCAGCGUGAAGCUCAAACAUGAUCCUUUCUUUAGUCCCACUUAAAAAGUAACCAGCAUUUGAUUUGAUUUAACAUAAGUGCAACUUUUAUCAUCAAUCAUUUCCUCUAAGUGGCAUUUUGAAGAAAUGAUUCACAGCCUGCCUUUAAUAUUCCCAAAAUCCCACAGUGUUUGUUUGCUCCUUAACAGCAGUCAGAAAACGAAUGGGAAACUGAAUUAUUUCUCAUAUAAAGAUGCUUAGAUGGGUUCUCGCUGAUUGGAAAUAUUGUCUACAAUGAGAAAUGCACUAGAGAACCCCUUACAAAAAUUAACCAUGGUUUUUGGUGUAUUGGCAAAUGGUUUUACUAAAGUAACCACACAUGAAUGAAAAUCAAACUGUGUUACUGAGCUGAAAAAUAAACGAUGGUUACUUUAAGGUA